AGUUGACGUUAACAGCCGCCAUCAUCGUGUGAACCAGCGAAAGUUUAUGUGGACGCGUCCUCCCUUUAACAGUUAAAAAAUCGUCAAAUUAUUUUAUUAAAUCGACCUCGCCACCGAAAGUUUCCGCAGCACAGCAAUGGGCGAUUCCGAUGACGAGUACGAUCGCAAGCGGCGCGACAAAUUCCGGGGAGAGCGCAGCUCCGGCGAUAGCUAUGCCCGUGGGGCGGACAGAUCCGAUCGCCCCCGCGGCGGCCGGGAAGAUUGGCCUGAGAGAGGUAGACCCCGCCAGGACUACCGCGACUACCGGCCUCCGGCAAGGGACCGCGGAUAUUCCCCGGGCCGGGAAGGCCCUCCUAUGAAGAGGAUGCGCGGCGAUUGGGGAGACGACCGGGGUGGUCGCUUCAUGGGCCACGAUGGCUACGGCAUGUACGGAGGAGGCUACGGUGGUCACGAUCCGUACGGAGGAGUCGGCGGAGGCGGAGGUGGCGGUAUGCAUCCGGGCGGCUAUGGGCAUCAUGCGGCAAUGCACGCACGGGAAGCCCAAGCCGCUGGCGAUAUGCAGACGCAACCGUGCAUGAUGACACUGAAGCAGUUCUUGGCCACCCAGGACGAUGCCAUCUCGGACUCGGAAGCCAUCCAGAAGUACAACGACUACAAGCUGGAAUUCAAGCGGCAACAGUUGAACGAAUUCUUUGUGGCACACAAAGAUGAGGAAUGGUUCAAGAUCAAGUACCAUCCGGAGGAAUCGUUGAAGCGAAAAGAAGAACAGCAAGGAUUUUUGAAGCACCGGUGCGAUGUGUUCGUGGAUCUGCUGGAUAGUGGCGAAAUCACCAAGAUAUCGGUGGAUACGAGCAACUCGGAUGCCCUGCUCCGACUUUUGGAUACGGCCGUCAUUAAGCUCGAAGGAGGAACCGAGGAGGAUUUGAAGGUACUGGACGAGAAGCCGGUCGAGAUUCCGCCCAAGAUCAUCCCGGCGGCCGAGAAGCCGAAGGUGGAAGUUAAGAAGGAACCCCUGGACGAUGGUAUCAAGAAGGAAAAGAUUACCAUCAAGGAGGAAAAGGUCGAUGAUGGGGUCGCCAAAGUGGAGAAGGAUAAAGAUAAGGCUGGCGGAGUGAUCGCUGACGGCGAGACCGCUGAUAAGGAGGUUGAGGGCGAAGAAGAUGGUGCAGAAAAGGACGGAGCAGAGAAAGAGUCAUCGGAGAAGGAGGCUGAGAAGGAAACGGAGGGUACCGAGGAUACUCAAAGGAAGAAGAGUCGUAGAAAAAGGAGUCGUUCCGAUUCGGGAUCCAGUUCGUCUUCUUCUUCGUCUUCUAGCUCUAGCGAUUCUGAAGACGAAAAGGAGAAAGAAAAGAAAGAUGAUGAGGAGAGAGCGAAGCCGGGAGACAGCGAAGAAGCGCCAACGAGUCCUGUCCCUGCGGAAGAGGAACAGACAGCCGGUAGCAAUGGCCAUAAGAGUGGAGAUGAAGACGAGCCAUCUUCCGAAAAGAAUGAUAAGGAACCAGAGAAUAUGGAAACGGAAGAUACUGCUGAAAAAUCGCACGAGGAAGAUAAGGAACAGCAGGAGGAAGAUCGAGAAGACUCGGCUCGAGAAGACUCGGUUCGAGAAGAUUCAGCUCGCGAAACUCGGAUGGACGAGGAUGAAAGUGAUAAAACUGAGACCAUCGAUUUGGUUAAAGAUGGAAACCAGUCAACGGCUCCUCGCUAUUUGCACAGAACCAGCUCAAUCUUCCUUCGAAACUUAGCACCUGCAAUCACUAAAGCUGAGGUUGAGGCAAUGUGCAAACGCUAUCAAGGAUUCCUUCGUGUGGCCAUUGCUGAUCCUUUGCUUGAACGCCGGUGGUUCCGCCGAGGUUGGGUUACCUUCCGACGAGACGUUAACAUCAAGGAGAUUUGCUGGAAUCUCAACAAUAUUCGUUUGAGAGAUUGCGAACUUGGGGCAAUUGUUAAUAAAGAUUUGAGCAGACGUGUUCGUCCUAUCAACGGUAUCACUUGCCACAAAACUAUUGUACGUAGUGACAUUAAAUUGUGUGCUAAAAUUGCUCAUAACUUGGAUGAGAAGGCCGCACUCUGGAAAGAAUCCGACGGACCGAGUGAAGACAACAAUGGGGAAUCCUUCGGACUACGCUCUAGGAAUCCGGUUCUACAAAAUAUAACAGACUACCUCAUCGAAGAGGCAUCCGCUGAAGAAGACGAACUACUCGGAUUAACCGAUGCUGAAACUAAGAAAAACAACGACGGGGAGUUAGUGGAAAGAGACCCUCAACUGAUCGAAGUUCUAGACAAGCUGAUUAUGUACCUUCGUAUUGUCCACUCUGUUGACUUCUACAAUCAUUGUGAAUAUCCUUACGAAGAUGAGAUGCCCAACCGCUGCGGCAUCAUCCACGCUAGAGGUCCACCACCGCAAAACAAAGUUACUGUCAACGAAAUCCAGGAAUACAUCCGCACCUUCGAAGGCAAGAUGGGAUCCUUCCUUGCUCGAGCCUCUGAGCUGGAGGAAGAAGAGAUGAAAAAACUUGGCUCCAAGGACUCCGAAGCCGAGGUUGAAAAAUUCAUUCAAGCCAACUCGCAGGAACUGGCCAAAGACAAAUGGCUUUGUCCUCUGUCCGGUAAAAAGUUCAAGGGUCCGGAAUUCAUCCGGAAGCACAUCUUCAACAAGCAUGGCGAAAAAGUGGACGAAGUUCGGAAGGAAGUUGAAUACUUCAACAAUUACCUGAAGGAUCCGAAGCGACCACAGCUACCCGAACAUCCGGGUAACACCGUCAAGAAAUCUCCGGCAGAGAUUUCUGCGCCAGCCGCUGGAUAUCGCCCGUCAUACGGAAUGUCCCAGAGCUACGCCCAAAUGUAUGCUCCGUAUUCAGGUCCCAUGAUGGCCCCUGCUGGUCGACCCAGACCAACCUUCGGAAGAGGUGGAAGACCAUUUAUUCCCAUCAGAGGAAGAUUAAAUAUGUCAAGAGACCCAAUGGCUGACGUUCGGCGACCGAUUGUGGCGUACAGUGAUUUGGAUAUGCCGAAUUUCAAUGAUAGCUUUCUUUAAAUCGGAUUUUGGCUUUCCGUUCGCUGACCCUUCUUGUUUCAAUUCAUGCUGACAAGCGAUUUGCAAACUGUACAGCUCGCGGUACAAUUAAGACAAAGACACAUUUUUCCACCCUUCUGUUGUCGCAGGUUUUCUAAGAAUCGCAUACAAUUUCAAGAAAGUCAAUAAAACACUUAACUGGAGAGAA